AGCAAGAUGAUGCGCCCACCAAUUAUCCUGCUCAAGGACGGAACUGAGAACAAGCAGGGAAAGGGUCAGAUCAUUUCCAACAUCAACGCUUGUCAAGUUGUCGCCGACAGUAUCCGUACCACCUUGGGUCCACGUGGCCUCGACAAGCUCAUCGUCGAUAGCAAGGGAGCCACGACGAUCUCCAACGAUGGAGCCACAAUUCUGAAGCUUUUGGAUAUUGUCUUCCCGGCCGCCUCCACAAUGGUUGAUAUCGCUCGUUCUCAAGACGCUGAAGUCGGAGACGGAACCACGUCUGUCGUCGUUUUGGCCGCCGAAAUUCUGAAGCAAAUGAAGCCAUUCAUCGAGGACGGUGUCCAUCCACAACUUCUCAUUCGCGCCAUCGGAAAAGCUUGCGAGAAGACGCUGAAGAACUUGGCUGAUUUGGAAAUCAAAAUUAAUGGCGAGACGGAGCUCCGUGAGAUGCUUGUGAAGUGUGCUGCAACCACGUUGAGCAGCAAGCUCGUCAGUCAAGAACGGCUUUUCUUCGCCAAUAUGAUUGUCGAUGCUGUGAACACGUUGGAUGCUCAUCUUCCAUUGAACAUGAUCGGAAUCAAGAAGGUCAACGGAGGAAAUUUGCACGAAUCCCGUCUCAUCAAAGGAGUUGCCUUCCAAAAAGCGUUCAGUUAUGCUGGCUUCGAAAUGCAGCCAAAGAAGUACUCCAAUGUCAAAGUGGCUCUUCUUAACAUUGAGCUGGAGCUCAAGGCAGAGAAAGAGAACGCUGAGAUGCGUCUGACCAACGUUUCCGACUUCCAAGCUGUCGUUGACGCUGAGUGGAAUAUUCUUUACGAUAAGCUUCAGAAGAUUCACGAUUCCGGCGCCAACGUGGUUCUCUCGAAACUUCCAAUCGGAGAUGUUGCUACCCAAUGGUUCGCCGAUCGUGACAUGUUCUGUGCUGGACGAAUUCCACAGGACGAUCUUGAUCGCUUGAUGUCCGCAUGCGGAGGAAGCGUUCUCACCACAGUCUCUCAAAUCGACGACUCUGUCCUCGGAAAGUGCGGAAAAUUCUACGAGCAACAAGUCGGAAGCGAGCGUUACAACUUCUUCGAGGACUGCUCAAAAGCUCAGGCAUGUACGCUUCUUCUUCGCGGUGGAGCCGAGCAGUUCAUCGCCGAGACCGAACGAUCUCUUCACGACGCUAUCAUGAUUGUUCGUCGUGCCAAGAAGAACGAUUCGAUCGUCGCCGGAGGAGGUGCCAUCGAGAUGGAGUUGAGCCGAUUGAUUCGUGAGCAUUCGAAGGGUAUUGAGGGCAAGGAUCAAGCUUUCUGGAUGGCUUAUGGACAGGCUUUCGAGAUCAUCCCACGCCAGCUUUGCCAAAACGCCGGACUCGAUGCUCUCGACGUGCUGAACAAGCUGAGACAUCGUCAUGCUCAAGGCGAGAAAUGGGCCGGAAUCGACAUCCAUCGUGAAGCCGUCGGAGAUAAUCUUGUCGCAUGUGUCUGGGAGCCGAGCAUCGUGAAGAGGAACGCCAUCACAGCUGCCACCGAAGCCGCGUGCCUCGUUCUUUCGAUCGAUCAAACGGUGAAGAAUGUUCGUACACCAUCUGGAGGAGCAAUGCCAGGACUUCCCGGGCAAUAAGGAGAUCAAUGUGCCCCUCUGUGCAUUCGCUGCUUUCUUUUGCUGUAUUCAAAUAUUCAAAUUUUGCGCAAUUUUUUUUUAAUUUUCUUCAUAAUUUUUGUUUGUUUUCUAUCAUUUUCAUUAAACCUUUUGUUAUGAUCCCCCGUCUCUCUCUCUCUCUCAAACGUUCUCAUCAUAGCUUCUUGCAAAAAACUUUAAAUUUUUUCUCAAUUUUUCUUUUUCCCACCGAUUUAUUGUCCACCACCCGCUUGUUUUCUCUACCGCUCCCCGUCGUUUUCGUUUUGAAUUUUCUGUUUGAAUAAGUGCACUUUGAAAAAAUUUUAAUUUCAGU